CGGCGGCGGCGGCGGCGGCGGAGCGGCCCCGAGGCGACAGCGGCGGCCGGCCGGGGCCUGCGGACGUCGGAGCGGGUGGGAGCGGGUUGGGCCGGGCGAGCCGGCCUCGCGGAGCCGCGCCGGCGAUGGCGACCAUGAUGGAGAUCCAGAUGGACGAGGGCGGCGGCGUGGUGGUGUACCAGGACGACUAUUGCUCGGGCUCGGUGAUGUCCGAGCGGGUGUCGGGCCUGGCGGGCUCCAUCUACCGCGAGUUCGAGCGCCUCAUCCACUGCUACGACGAGGAGGUGGUCAAGGAGCUCAUGCCGCUUGUGGUCAACGUGCUGGAGAACCUGGACUCGGUGCUGAGCGAGAACCAGGAGCACGAGGUGGAGCUGGAGCUGCUGCGCGAGGACAACGAGCAGCUGCUCACCCAGUACGAGCGCGAGAAGGCGCUGCGUAAGCAGGCGGAGGAGAAAUUCAUCGAGUUCGAAGAUGCUCUGGAGCAGGAGAAGAAGGAGCUGCAGCAACAGCUGGAGCACCUCGAAGUGCAGGCGCGGCAGCUGGAGCUGAAGGCCCGGAACUCCGCUGACCAGAUUUCCCGGCUGGAGGAACGCGAGUCUGAGAUGAAGAAGGAGUACAACGCCCUUCACCAGCGACACACCGAGAUGAUCCAGACGUACGUGGAGCACAUUGAGAGGUCCAAGAUGCAGCAGAUUGGGGGCAGCAGCCAGGCCGAGAGCAGCGUGCCGGGCCGCAGCCCACGCCAGUCGUGGAGGAAGAGCAGGAAGGAGCGCCCCACCUCUCUGCCACUGGCUGACAGCGUGUGUCCACAUGAUGAAAUGUCCGAGUCAGGCCAGUCCUCGGCCGCUGCGACACCCAGCACCACAGGCACCAAGUCCAACACCCCCACAUCGUCCGUGCCCUCGGCCGCCGCCACGCCCUUGCAUGAGAGCCUGCAGCCCCUGGAGGACUUCGGGGCGGGUCCCCAGCAUGGCUCGCGGGCACGGGAGAAGCGCCACAGCCGCAACAUGGAGGUGCAGGUCACGCAGGAGAUGCGGCACGUCAGCAUAGGCAUGGGCAGCAGUGACGAGUGGUCCGAUGUCCAGGAUGUCACUGACUCUACCCCGGAGCUAGACACCGGCCGGGAGCCCCGUCUGGACCGCAUGGGCAACAGCCCCACUCAGGGCAUUGUGAACAAGGCCUUCGGCAUCAACACUGACUCCCUGUACCAUGAGCUGUCCACCGCUGGCUCCGAGGUCAUUGGGGAUGUGGACGAAGGGGCUGACCUGCUGGGGGAGUUCUCAGUGCGCGAUGACUUUUUUGGAAUGGGCAAGGAAGUGGGGAACCUGCUGCUGGAGAACUCCCAGCUCCUGGAGACCAAGAACGCUCUGAACGUGGUGAAGAACGACCUCAUCGCCAAGGUGGACCAGCUGUCAGGGGAGCAGGAGGUGCUGAAGGGGGACCUGGAAGCCGCCCGCCAGGCCAAGCUCAGGCUGGAGAACCGCAUCAAGGACUUGGAGGAGGAGCUGAGGAGAGUCAAGUCCGAGGCCAUCCUCGCCCGCCGUGAGCCCAGGGAAGAGGUGGAGGAUGUCAGCGGCCCGCUCUGCACAGAGCUGGACAAGAUACCCAUGGCCCAGAGGCGCCGCUUCACGCGCGUGGAGAUGGCGCGGGUGCUCAUGGAGCGCAACCAGUACAAGGAGCGGCUGAUGGAGCUGCAGGAAGCUGUGCGAUGGACAGAGAUGAUCAGGGCGUCCCGGGAGCACCCCUCUGUCCAGGAGAAGAAGAAGUCCACCAUCUGGCAGUUCUUCAGCCGCCUCUUCAGCUCCUCCUCCAGCCCCCCUCCGGCCAAGCGCUCCUACCCAUCAGUGAACAUCCAUUACAAAUCACCCACCACGACCGGAUUCAGCCAGCGCCGCGGCCACGCCAUGUGCCAGAUCCCUGGCAGCCGGCCCCUGGAGUUCUUCCCUGAUGAUGACUGCACAUCCUCGGCCAGGCGGGAGCAGAAGCGAGAGCAGUACCGCCAGGUGCGCGAACACGUGCGCAACGACGACGGGCGGCUGCAGGCCUGCGGCUGGAGCCUGCCGGCCAAGUACAAGCAGCUGAGCCCCAACGGGGGCCAGGAGGACACGCGGAUGAAGAACGUGCCAGUGCCCGUGUACUGCCGCCCGCUGGUGGAGAAGGACCCCACCAUGAAGCUGUGGUGUGCGGCCGGCGUCAACCUGAGCGGGUGGAAACCCAGCGAGGAUGACCCUGGAAGUGCAGUUAAGCCUGUGCCCGGCCGAGACCCUCUGACCUGCGACCGAGAAAUGGAAGGAGAACCCAAGAGUACCCACACGUCCCCUGAGAAGAAGAAGGCCAAGGAGUCACCAGAUGCGGAUGCCAGCUCGAGCCGUGUGUGGGUGCUCACAAGCACCCUGACCACCAGCAAAGUGGUCAUCGUGGACGCCAACCAGCCAGGCACGGUGGUGGACCAGUUCACCGUGUGCAACGCGCAUGUGCUCUGUGUCUGCAGCAUCCCUGCGGUCAGUGACAGCGACUACCCUCCUGGGGAGAUCUUUCUUGACGGGGAUGUGAACCCUGAGGACUCGGGAACCGACGGUGUGCUGGCAGGCAUCACGCUUGUGGGCUGUGCCACCCGCUGCAACGCACCACGCAGCAGCUGCUCCUCCCGAGGGGACACCCCUGUGCUGGACAAGGGCCAGGGGGAGGUGGCUGCUGUGGCCAACGGGAAGGUCAGCACCUCUCAGUCGGCGGAGGAAGCCACAGAGGCCACAGAGGUGCCUGACUCGGGACCCAGCGAGCCAGAGACAGCCACCAUGCGGCCGGGGCCCCUCACCGAGCACGUGUUCACAGACCCUGCAUCCAGCCCGGCCCCCAGCGUCCCACCGGGCAGUGAGAGCGCCCCUGAGGCAGAAGCAGGUGACGGGCAGCCAGAGGUGGAGCCCAGUUCAGACCCCGCAGGGGCCAGCAGCGCAGCGCCCACCAUGUGGCUGGGCGCCCAGAACGGCUGGCUCUAUGUGCACUCAGCCGUGGCCCACUGGAAGAAGUGUCUGCACUCCAUCAAGCUGAAGGACUCGGUGCUGAGCCUGGUGCACGUGAAAGGACGAGUGCUGGUGGCUCUGGCAGAUGGAACUCUGGCCAUCUUCCACCGGGGGGAAGAUGGCCAGUGGGACCUGAGUAACUACCACCUGCUGGACCUGGGCCACCCGCACCACUCCAUCCGCUGCAUGGCUGUGGUGCACGACCGUGUGUGGUGCGGCUACAAGAACAAGGUGCACGUCAUCCAGCCCAAGACCAUGCAGAUCGAGAAGUCGUUCGACGCGCACCCACGGCGGGAGAGCCAGGUGCGGCAGCUGGCCUGGAUCGGAGACGGGGUGUGGGUGUCCAUCCGCCUGGACUCGACGCUGCGGCUCUACCAUGCCCACACCCACCAGCACCUGCAGGACGUGGACAUUGAGCCCUACGUCAGCAAGAUGCUGGGCACGGGCAAGCUGGGCUUCUCCUUCGUGCGCAUCACAGCCCUGCUCAUUGCCGGCAACCGCCUCUGGGUGGGCACCGGCAACGGCGUGGUCAUCUCCAUCCCGCUGACUGAGACUGUGGUCCUGCACCGAGGCCAGCUCCUAGGACUCCGAGCAAACAAGACUUCUCCCACCUCGGGAGAGGGCAUCCGGCCCGGGGGUGUCAUCCACGUGUACGGGGACGACAGCAGUGGCGACAAGGCAGCCAGCACCUUCAUCCCCUACUGCUCCAUGGCCCAGGCCCAGCUCUGUUUCCACGGACACCGCGAUGCCGUCAAGUUCUUCGUCUCUGUGCCAGGGAAUGUGCUGGCCACCCUCAACGGCAGUGUGCUAGACAGCCCAUCUGAGGGCCCGGGGCCAGCAGCGGCUGAUGCCGAGGGCCAGCGGAUGAAGAACGCGCUGGUGCUGAGUGGCGGCGAGGGCUACAUCGACUUCCGCAUCGGUGAUGGGGAGGAUGACGAGACAGAGGAGAGCGCAGUGGGGGCAGUGGGCCAGGUGAAGCCGGUGUUGUCCAAGGCCGAGCGCAGCCAUGUCAUUGUGUGGCAGGUGACCUAUAGCCCCGAGUGAGCUGUCGCCGCCCACCCGCCACCCCUCCACCGCGUGUACAUACGCCCUGCCUGCAGCUGCCCCUUCUAACCUCUCAACUUGCAGCUUUCACCUCAGGGCUGACUCCCGGCACAGCCAUUAGGGGGCUCCCCGGGGACCCUCCCCCAGCACCAGGCCUGUCCUGCAGACCCAGGGGCAGGCAGAGUGCGUGCAGGCCUGGCCCCACGCCAGGUGGGGGUGACCAGGCCUCAGGAAGAGGGGAGCCUUCGGUGGCAGGAAGGUGGGCUGAGUCCCCUGAGGAGACCAGCUCACAUCGCAAGACGCUGCUAAGUGCCUGGGGCUGGGGGCUGUGCAGGGGGCGGCCUGCUCUGAGGGGCGUCCCGGGACAGCAGCCCCCCACCCCUCCCAGGCCUUACUCUUGCUCCCUGCCACCCUCCCCCAGAGAAGCACAGACCUGGGCGGCUGCAGCUAACUCACCCCCUGCCACCUCUCCACUGUGAUGUCCACCACGCCCUGCUGUGCACAAAGGGUUGGGAAGCUGCCUGGGGCUGGGGGGGGCUGGGGGGGGCCUCAGGCUUUGGCCCGCAAGUGUCCUGUGUCUGCUCCAUGUAAUAAACGUCCUCACACAGGCGCCGUCUCC